GAUACUAUUGAAUCCAUAGAUAGAGACAUGAGAAGAGGCAUCAACAACGCCAACAACAUACCACAAACAAACACAACAUAACACGUUUUUCUACUUUCUUUUUCCCUUUAGACCCGUUGGUUUCUGUUCUAACACUCUUGUUUUCACUCUACACAUAAUAAAUAACACACCUUUCUUAGCUUCUUCAACUUUCAAUGGCCACUUCACUUCUUCUCUUCAUCACUUGUUUCUCUCUUCUGCCAUCAUCCUAUUCCUCUACUUCUCUACCUUCUGCUUCCUUUCUCUAUGAUCUUCACUCACAAUGUUCCCUCACCGUUUCCCCUAACCCUCCUCUUCAGGUGGAUGGGAACUUUAUAGAAGGGGUUUUGUCUAGCAGAAAGAGGGUUGGAUACGUUUCUGUGCUCUUCUAUGCUUCCUGGUGUCCUUUUUCUCACAGAAUACUUCCUGAAUUUGAAAUUCUUAGCUCUAUGUUUCCUCAAGUAGAACAUGUAGCACUUGAACAGUCAUCGGCUUUGCCAAGCUUGUAUUCAAAAUAUGGAAUCCAUAGCUUGCCUGCAAUACUACUGGUGAACCGGACAUCUAGAGUGAGAUAUCAUGGUCCAAACAAUCAUGACUCCCUUGUAGAAUUUUAUGCGAGAAACACAGGAUUAGAAGCCAGGGACAAGGUUGUUGUUGGUGAACUAAGCAACUUGAUGAGUGAUGAACAUUCAACUAUAAAGGGCUUCUCCCUUGGAGAGAUAUCAAGAAGGGAACCUUACUUGGCAUUAUCGAUAUUGUUUCUAUGUCUGAGAAUUAUUCUCUCUGUAUUUCCCACGAUUAUGCCGCAUCUCAAAGCAUUCUGUUCAUCCUAUGUUAAUCAUCUGAGCUUUCAAAAGCUUGGCCAAGUGAUGGAACGUGUUCUUCAUGUAAUGGAUGUGAAGAGGAUUUGGACCAAGCUAGAACUCUGUAAAAGCAGGAGCUUUCAUGAGAGGGCAAGGAGUGCCAGAGUUUGGGCCUCAUCUCUGGCUUCUGUUUCCCUUGGUGAUUCUUCAGCUAAGUGAUGGUUUCAAAUCGCAAUGUAUGAACUAACAAUGUUGACAUGUUGUUCUAGUCGUUUAGAGGGUAGUGAAGGUUUUAUCAGUAACUUAGUAAAUUUUGAAUGUAUAUACACGUUAUGAGUUUAAUGUGAUGUUCUUUUAUUUUUCUGUCUUUCAA